AUGGGGUCCGGUUCCAAUUCAACUACCGGUAGAGGUACCGUGAACUUAGUACAACACGCAUAUAAGUCCGUUCAGCAAAUUGCCAAGGCUCUGCGCUUGGAUGAGCAGGAUGAGGACCUGAAGGCCUUUUACGCCAAGAUCAUCGUCUACUGCACCAUAAUAGAGGACCGACUGAUCGCAGCUGGAGAUAGCGCUAUUUUACCAUCGGCCGACACUAUUCAUAUUGUUUUAAACCCCCUGAGGCGAAUGUCUACGAUAUGUCUCGAAGGAUCUUCUCAUGCCUCAAUCGAUAUUUGGUUGCGUGAAUUGAAACUGAUCCAGGACAAAAUACGAACCAUCAGAGAUAAUAGCAAAAAGAUCACUAUCAUUGGAAGCCAGCUAAAACUGGGAACGACACCGGGUGACCAUUCUGAGAUUGCAACGUCACUUGACCAAUGCGAAGAGGAGCUACGCGUCAGAUAUCCUGAAGACCCAUCUCAAUGGACUACAGAGGAUCUUGGUCCCCAGCUGGGCAUAGCAGAACCAACCUACGCCGUCCGAAGUGCCGCACAGUCAAUUUUCGAGGCGAUGGUGGCGUGCAAGGAUUGUCCAUGCACACCAGCCCACGACUUAAGUGCCCGUUUAUCCCUAGGGACUUAUCGAAGACCAGAACCCGAGUCGGAUGCUGAGCUGAACGAAGUUGAUUUCAACAUGUUUCUUUCCUCGCGGGACGACUGGCAAGAGGUCAUCAUCCAUACAACCAAAGAUAAGCAAGUUAGGAUGGUGGUCAGCGAGGGACCUGAAAUACCAGCCAAGAUCAAAUCCUCAUCUGCUAUCAGGACUAUGAAGGUGAAGAGCAUAUGUGAACAGAUCACAAAGAUCAGCUCGAGAACCUCCUAUCGUCUUGUAUUUAAGAUCAUCCGGAAUCAGCUUUAUAAACUCCAAUCAGAAAGGAGCUGCGGUAGCGACUACAAUUCGCACAAUGCUGUAUCCUUGGAUGAGUUCCUCAGAAAUAGAUCUGGCUCAUUUACCGAGAAGACAAAAAGGAUACUGGCUGUUAUCCUAAGUUCCGCUACAUUCCACCUUUAUAAUACACCAUGGUUGCUGCCCGGCUGGAACUCAUCCGAUGUAUGGUUCUUCCGUACGUCUUCAUCAAUCAUACCGCUGAAACCAUUUAUACACCGACCACUAUCAAGUCUUGACCACGCUACGAAUGAUUGUGGUUCGGUUUAUGGAGUGAGCCAAGAGGGAAGCAUCAACACGGAGGAUCUAGAUCCAGAUGAUAUGGACCCAGAUGACGUUCUGGGACAUAACUGCCCUGCUCUUAUUAUUCUCGCAACAAUGCUGUUGGAGAUAUACUUUGUGGCUCCAUUUGACAUUUUAGCUAGAAAGUACAACGUCUUCUUGGAGUCUCAGUCGCAGUCUACUGCCUUCUCAAGGUAUAUGGAUGUCAACUGUGUUUUCCAAGCCUGUCGGAAAGAAAUUCCAGAAAACUCUCAAUUCUACCUGGCGGUGGAAAACUGCCUGGAUCCAAAUGUUUGGCAAGAUGAGAAUGGCAAUAUUCUUGACGAUCUAACAUUGAGAUCUAAGAUUUAUAGCGAAGUGGUUCUACCUUUAGAAACUGAACUCAGUCAAGCUUACAGCGAUAUCCAAAUCCAAGAUCUCGACCGAUUUGCACAGAAUGUGGAUUUCGGGAGUUGGGGGCAGCUUUCACAAGCGUGGGAACAGCAGAAUCACGCCCCUGUUUUGCAAUCCAUUGAUAAGAUAUAUGAAUCUAUAGACAGAUGUCGGCGGGAUUCACCAGGACUACGAUUGAACCUUAAAAUCAGAGACACCGAGACUCGAGCCCGAAGAAGCCAACAGGAUUCCCAACCGAAUAAGCGUCGGUUUAGCCGCUCGCCCAGUGGUGCCGAGACAGAAAGUCUAUCGUCACAACUACCGUUGUUGACAGAUGCACAGGCCUUCACCCGAUCAUCAUAUACCGUUGGCAUUCUCUGUGCGCUACCCCUUGAGCUCCUUGCGGUACGAGCGCUAUUUGAUGUCAAGCAUUGCAAUCCCAAAUACGUGAGAGGAGACAGUAACACCUAUGCACUGGGGACAAUGAGUGGGCACAUGGUAGUGGCAGCUUGUCUACCAUCGGGCGAAUAUGGGACAAAUGCUGCUGCCGAGUCGGCCUCUAAUAUGAAACGGACCUUCUUCAACGUCGAGUUCUGCCUUCUCGUUGGUAUCGGAGGUGGUGCCCCUACGCAGGAGAAUGAUAUACGGCUGGGUGACGUGGUUGUAAGCUUACCGACGACCAAGUAUCCAGGUGUUAUACAGUAUGAUCGUGGCAAGGAGAUGGAGGGCAACACUUUCGAACUCACUGGGAGUCUCCAUCCACCUCCCCGUUGUCUGAUGACAGCCGUUAGCUCUCUUCGUUCAAAUCCCGAUCUUCCUUCCAACGCGCUUCAAUAUUCACUUGAAGAGAUCGUCAGGCGGGUCCCGGAAGCUUUAGCGCCACGAUACCAGCAUCCAGGGAAGGACCAGGACUGUCUUUUUCAGGGUACUUGUCUUGCCUGCCGGGUAAAUGGGGAAUGUACUAAAGAUAGCCACAUGAGCUCCAGACCAGACCGAGCGACGUAUCACCCUGAGAUUCACUACGGGCUUAUCGCAUCAGGGAAUAGGGUUCUCAAAGAUGGAAGUGUACGAGAUCGCUGGGCGAAGCAAUAUGGCAUCUUGUGUUUUGAAAUGGAGGCAGCCGGAGUCAUGAAUACGUUUCCCUGUCUGGUCAUUCGAGGCAUCUGUGAUUAUGCGGACUUUAACAAAAACAAGACUUGGCAGCAUUACGCGGCCGCAACGGCAGCUGCUUAUGCAAAGUUAUUGUUACAACAUACAGCUGCCAACGAUACCAACUGGGCUAGAGGGAAACAAGAGGAUGUGGAUGAUAGUCAGUUGCAUAAUGAGCAAGAAGGCUGGUCUAAACGGCAAAGGCUGGGUGAAGAAGCACAAUGA